AUGAUGAAUAACCAAUUCCUAAAGUUGUCGCUUAUAAUAUGGCUUCAAGCCUUAUGGCAUUUCAAUUUAAUACUCGGGGGCACUGUUCAAACAUACCUAACUGAUGAUUCACCUGUUCCGCAACCAAUCGAUCACGAAAUAUAUUCAAAUUUAUUCACAUAUGCACAUUUAAUUGACAUUUCGUAUUGCAUUUCCCAAGGGAAAAAGAUAUCGAAACCAUUCAACUGUGAUUUAAAUUGUGAAAAACGUUUCCCCAAUAUGACGUUGGUGCACCAAUGGUGCUUUGCUGAUUCCGUCUGUGGUUAUAUUGCAACAACCUAUCGAAAUAUAUUUUUCAAUAACCGUACUGAUGCCGAAGAAAAUCCAAGAAAAUGUAUAAUAGUGUCAUUAAGAGGAACACGGUCAAUAUUUGACACUUAUAAAGAUCUAAAAGCGAAUAUGGUUAAAUACACAGAGUUGGGCCGUAGCUUACCAAGAUGUGGCAAUGAUUGCAAAGUUCAUCAGGGGUUUUAUGAAUAUUUUCAAUAUACGCUAAAUAAUAUAAAUAGGUAUCUUGAAGAUGAGUUGAGUCAAGAUGAUGAUUAUGAACUUGUUUUUCUAGGUCACUCUAUGGGUGGGUCAAUAAGCUUAUUACUUGCAUUGCAUUAUUUAGAUCUAGGAUAUGACAGGUUGACCUUGGUCACCAUGGGCCAACCAUUAGUUGGUAAUGAAGAUUUUGUACAUUGGGUUGAUAAGGUAACAGGAAGCUCAGUUAAACCGCAACAUAACUCAUUUAAAAGAAAGUACUUCAGGAUUAUUCAUCGAAACGAUAUUAUUACAACUAUUCCCAGGAGUAGGAAUAUAUUUGAAACUUAUUAUCAGUUUGAUAACCAAAUAUAUUUGAAUUGCUCUUCGGCAAAUUAUAUGCCAUCUCCGAAUCAAGUAAUUGAUUGCAUUAAUGGGAAUAAUUUGCAUUGCAUUAGAGGCGAUAUCAGCAAUAAUAUUAAUCGUAACUAUUACGAGAGUCACAAUACAUACUUUAGAAAAUUAGGUUUAUGUGGAAUUAAAUUAUGA